UGACAACAUAAGAAGACGAGGGCGCCGGAAGUGGUGAUGUUAUUUUGAAGUGGUUUCUUUAUUUCCAGUCUGUGGUCGUUUCUGCCUCAGACAAGAUGAACGCGCCUCCCGCCUUCGAGUCCUUCCUGCUGUUCGAAGGAGAGAAGAAGAUCAGCAUCAGUAAAGACACGAAGGUUCCCAACGCGUGUCUGUUCACCCUGAACAAAGAGGACCACACACUGGGCAACAUCAUCCGAGCUCAGCUGUUGAAGGAUCCUCAGGUUCUGUUCGCUGGUUAUAAGGUUCCUCAUCCUCUAGAACACAAGAUCGUCAUCAGAGUCCAGACCACACCAGACUACAGUCCACAGGAAGCGUUUACAAACGCCAUCACAGAUCUGAUCAGCGAGCUGUCUCUUCUGGAGGAGCGCUUCCGAGUCGCCAUCAAAGAUAAGCAGGAGGGGAUAGAGUGAUGCCCCCCCCCCAUGCCACUACCUGCCUGUGUUUAUUUUUAUAAAUAAAGUCUGUGAUGUCACAA